GAAAGCUAGCCAGUCCUAGCGAAAUGCGUUUUGUCACCACCGCAGCCUUGGUUAACGUACACUUCUCUCAUAUAAAGCUGAAUUGAGAGUUACAAAAGAUGAGUAGCAAUACUUUCAUUCAGUCAGACUACGCUCUACUUCAUCAAAGCAAAACGUCAACACGCCAAAGAACAAAAGGAUCGUUAGGUUUUGCGGGUCCACAAAGCCAAUAAACUCGCAGUCAGAAUAUAUCAAUGCAGCCGAUCUUGAACCCUUAGCCUACUGUGGACAAACGGACUACAUAAUGGGGACUAACAGUAACUUUUCCUCUAUUCAGGUUUUACGGCGAUGCGCUGACAGAAUCUCGAUAGAUACUGUAUCACAUAACACGGCCUCCUCAUCCGGGUGGACGAAAGAAGCUAUCUUCACCCUUCUCAGCGUCUUCCUCACCAUAACCCUCGCCAUCAUCGGUUUUAUCUUGCGACACUACGUGCAGAAGAGAACGCCUGGUUAUCGGAGAUCCAAUGGAGGCAGGCGUACUGAACCAGAUGAAGAACUACACAUAGACCGAUCGCCGCAACGUCCCUGCUGGGUUGAUCUGGCUGAAGCUCGGCGUUACCAGCAACAAGCCUAUACUUCAGUCUCGAGGCUACGAAGGGGGCCGCGGCCUUAAGGAUGUUGUAGAUAAUGAUAGCGGUGCCAACGAUGGGGAUAGAUCCAGAUCGCUGUUACCGUUUAUGUAGCACUCGGAACAGGGUUGUAAGAACGGGUUGGAAAUGAGAGUUGCUAGACGUCGAAGAGUGACGGGUCGUCAAACUUUGUAACAGCGAAGGGUAGCGUAGUCGGAGAGAUGAUGGGACUUGGAAGUCUUGACAAUGAUCUUGGAACAUGUAGUCGUGUGAAAGCUGUCAAUUCCAUGCUACUAUUCAUGGAUGCUGUAGACAAUGACUUGGUGCUCUCCGUUCACGUUCGUCUUUGCUUGACCCAGAGUAUUGCAUGGACAUGGCGGAAAUGUCGAGAUGAUCUCGAUCAUCAUGACGGUAAUGAUGACCCGAUCAAGGAGGAUCAUGGUGGCUCCAGGCUGAGCUGGACCGGAGUUGAGUAUU